ACAGGAGGUACAAAUAGCAGUCGGUGUCGAUAUUAGCUAGCAUCGUGUUCUCUGAAGGAGCAGUUUAGUCUUGAAAAAGUUCCCAUUUCAUCUGAGUUUACAACAACCCGAAAUAAUCACCAUGAAAUCAACUAAAGUUAUUACACUGUUGCUGAUAGCAUCAUUUGCUAUGCUCGCUCUAUUUGACGUUACCGCCGAAGCUGCAGCCUCCGAACGCCCUCAACGCCGCCGUCGGCCAUUUCAAGCUGAACUUGAUGCUGACGGCAAUGUAAUUGCGUCACAAGCAACUCCUCGAUUUCCUUUUUUACAUCAACGAAGAGCAUAUGGCAAGGUCAAUCAAGUUACUGCUUCGGGCAGCAACUCUAAUAGCAAAUCAUUGCAAUCUGAUAUUUCGGAGAGCUGCAAAUCCGAGCCUGGCUGCGAGUGGAGCUGUCCUGAAGAUGUUAACGAAUGCAUAUGCCGCUGUAAAUUUGAUCCACUGGGCACCAACAUCCGCGUUUCACGAGAAUCGAGACCUUCCCCACCUUAAUCAACAUACUUUUUCAUUCUAAUGCUUAUUACUUGAUAUUGAUAACCAUCUCCCAUAAGCUGAUUUUCUCAUUUUGUUUCUGCUGACAGACAAUUCACUGUUGCCGUUUAUAUUUACUCUUCCGCCUCUUCAAAAGGCUAUUUUCUAACUUAUUUUUUGUUUUAAUUAAAAAUGAAUGAUAUAUAACCACGAUUAAUAAUAACGAGACAACAAAACUA